CGUCCGAUGCGUUCCGCCUCUUUUGCGCUCCACACGGACUGUUUACCUGCAUGCAACCAAAGCCCGCUGCAACGUGAUUGGUCAAUACUCCCCGGACUACAGGCGGAAACCGGAACCUUCCUCUCCUGCAGACCCUGCAUCCAUGUGCAGAUGGUAGAAAACAAACUGGAGAAAGUAGAAUACGAAAGACAAAGGAGAGUAAAGAAGAGGAGUUUCAGAAGACUUUACAAGCAAAACGGCAGAAGACAUUGUUCAUAUGCCCUGAAUUCUGAAAAAACCUACUACCUAAAGGAUUGUAAAGAGGAGAAUCACAAGUGGAGUGGGGAUGCCUCGAAUGAAGACCGUGUUUCCUGCAGAUGUCCAGAAGCUGUUGGUGAUUAAAGAAGAGGUUCCCUCUGAGUGGAGCCCCAGUCUGGACCAGGAGGACCCAGAGCCCCUACACAUAAAAGAAGAACAGGAGGAACUCUGGACCAGUCAGGAGGGAGAGCAGCUUAAUGGACUGGAGGAGGCUGAUAUCACCAGGUUCCCAUUCACUGCUGUUACUGUGAAGAGUGAAGAUGAGGAAGAGAAACCUCAGUCUCCACAGCUUCAUCAAAGACAAACUGAGGACAACAGAGAGGCAGAGCCUUCAGCCAGAAGCUCAGCUACGCAGAUAAAAACAGAAACUGAUGGAGGAUCAGAACCUGCUGGGAACCUUGAUCCAGAUAGUCAUUUACAACCAGAUACUGAUGAAAAAGCUUCAGACUCUGAAGUCAGUAAAAAUAACUGUCAUGAACCUUUGUCAGAUUCUGAAGCUGAAAGUGAAGACAGUGACAAUGGUUGGAAGGAGACCAGAGCACCUGAGUCAGGUGUAAAUGCUCUGAAAUAUAAGGAAGCUCCUGUAAGUGAUGCAGGAUGUAAUGCUGGGAAAGAAUCUUUUAGCUGCUCAGAGUGUGGUAAACAAUAUCACUACAAGAGGUCUCUUCAGAGACACAUCAUGUGUCAUUCAGGAAAAAGGUCCUCCAGCUGUCCGGUUAAUAAAAAAUCUUUUAGAAUGAAGCAAAAUGCAGAUUCACAGAUGAGAGUCCACACAGGAGAGAAACCAUUUAGCUGUGAUGUUUGUGGGGCGAGGUUUACUGUCCAGGGAAAUCUUAAGAGACACAAGACAGUCCACACAGGAGAGAAACCAUUUGGCUGUGAUGUUUGUGGGGGGAGAUUUACACAAAAGGGUUCUCUUAAGAAACACAUGAGAGGGCACGCAGGAGAGAAACACUUUGGCUGUGAUGUUUGUGGGAUGAGUUUUACAGAACAGGGUUCUCUGAAGAGACACAUGAGUGUCCACACAGUAGAGAAACCAUUUGGCUGUGAUGUUUGUGGGAUGAGAUUUAAAGUCCAGGAUUAUCUUAAGAGACACAUGAGAGUCCACAUGGGCGAGAAACCAUUUGGUUGUGAUGUUUGUGGGAUGAGAUUUAUAGUCCAGGGAAAACUUAAGACACACAUGAGAGUCCACACAGGCGAGAAACCAUAUGGCUGUGAUGUUUGUGGGAUGAGAUUUAUAGUUCAGGAAAAACUUAAGAGACAUAUGAGAAUCCACACAGGCGAGAAACCAUAUGGCUGUGAUGUUUGUGGGAUGAGAUUUAAAGUCCAGGGUUAUCUUAAGAAACACAUAAGAGUCCACACAGGGGAGAAACAAUUUGGCUGUGAUGUUUGUGGGAUGAGAUUUAAAGUCCAGGGUUAUCUUAAAAGACACAUGAGAGUCCACACAAGAGAGAAACCAUUUGGCUGUGAUGUUUGUGGGAUGAGAUUUACAAUCCAGGGAAAACUUAAGAGACACAUGAGAAUCCACACAAGCGAGAAACCAUUUGGCUGUGAGGUUUGUGGGAUGAGAUUUACAAUCCGGGGAAAACUUAAGAGACACAUGAGAAUCCACACAGGCGAGAAACCAUAUGGCUGUGAGGUUUGUGGGAUGAGAUUUAAAGUCCAGGGUUAUGUUAAGAGACACAUGAGAGUCCACACAGGAGAUAAACCAUUUGGCUGUGAUGUUUGUGGGAUGAGAUUUAAAUUCCAGUGUUAUCUUAAAAAACACAUAACAGUCCACACAGGAGAUAAACCAUUUGGCUGUGAUGUUUGUGGUAUGAGAUUUAAAGUCCAGCGUUAUCUUAAGAAACACAUGAGAGUCCACACAGAAUAGAAACUGUUUACCAAGCAUGUUUGUAAGAACUACAGCACAUCUCAUUGCCCUUGCUGUUUUUCUUGUGUAAAUUUUUUAAUGUUUAUAAUAAAGUAUUAUAGUUAAAAUUCUGCUUACUGCCAACAUAAGCCAUUUACGUAGACAAAAUAUUUAAACUCUUUUACCAAAUGUUCUCUUUAUCAAAGUUUUUUGUAAAACAUCUGAAAAUCUUUACGGUAUAACAUAAGAAGCAGCAUAAUGUACGUCUAAUGGAGGGAACAAAACUGAGACCAAGACACUGCCUGUCAGGAUAGAUAUUUAUAUUUCAAAUGCACUGUUUGUAUAACGUCUAAUCAAUAUACUGUACGGGUGCUUUUCAGAAAAAUGUGGAAAAAUUCAUUUUCCUCUGUAAUUUCAGUCAAAAAAUGAAUAUUCUAGAUUCACUUCACAUAAAGUGAAAUAUUCCAGGCUUUUUUUAGUUUUAAUCUCAACAGAAAUGUCGACCUUCUGAAAAGUUAAAAAGUUCUCAAUAAGGUUAAUUUAUGCACUUGGGUGGGGCUUCUCUUGCAUGAAUUACUGCAUCAAUGCAAUGAAAUCCAUCAAUUUCAAACCUGUGCGGUGUCCUGCUGAUAAUAAACAAUCCAGUAAGAUGGCACCUACUAAUACUCAUUUUUGCAGCCAAUAAGGUAACAAUGUUUUUAGGAACUUGAACAAAUCUACAUUUAGCCAAUCUAAAUCUGUACUGACUACAAUAAUCGUCCUCACACUCCCUCAGGAAGAGCAAGAGCACAGAUGAACAUAUAGGUGAUUUGUUCAAGCAUUUGUUCACGUUAUUAAGACCUAUAAUUGUCUUCAUUGUUAGGCCGCAACCUCUAGUGGCUCUGUGACGGUAACAAAGGAGGAAGUCAGGUGAGGUAGUAUAAAGAGCGAGAAAGGAAGGAGGUGGAUUGAGUAGAUAGUUGGGUCAAACAAACUCAGGACUUUCACACAGGAGACCAGCGUUUGAGUCCCGUGUGAAAUCAAGUCAAUGUUGAAUUAUUUUUGUUAUAGCCACCUUGACAUCACCUACUGGUUUUUGAACUUCUGUUUUGAAGCCUUGAGUUUGGCAUUUUGGCAGUUGCCAUCUUGUUUUUUGGAACCGGAUGUGACCAUAUUUGGACAAGAGGGUGGCGCUACUUAGCUUGUUUAAUACGGUGCAUCCAUACAUGGGAUGGAAAUUUUGACAAGUGACAAACAGGCUUAAAACUAAAUGUACUUACCAGAAAAAUUAAACAGAGAAAAUACUCCAAUUUCAGUAAGCUAA